AUGGAAGUGCAGUUAGGGCUGGGAAGGGUCUACCCCCGACCUCCGUCCAAGACCUAUCGAGGAGCUUUCCAGAACCUGUUCCAGAGCGUGCGUGAAGUGAUCCAGAACCCGGGCCCCUGGCAACCUGAAGCAGCGAGCGCAGCACCUCCCGGCGCCCGUUUGAAGCAGCAGCAGCCGCAGAAGCAGCAACAGCAGCAGCCGCAGCCGCCGCAGCCGCCGCAGCAACAGCAGCAGCAGGAGAUCAGCCGCCGUCAGCAGCAGCAGCAGCAGCAGCAGCAGCAGCAGCAGCAGCAGCAGCAGCAGCAGCGUGAGGAUGGCUCUCCCCAACCCCAGAGUAGAGGCUCCACAGGCUAUCUGGCCCUGGAUGAAGAGCAACAACCUUCACAACAGCAGUCAGCCUCCAGGGGCCACCCCGAGAGCGGCUGCGUCCCAGAGCCCGAAUCCACCGCGGCCUCCAGCCAGGGACUGCCGCAGCUGCCGCCAGCACUGCCGGGCGAGAAUGACUCAGCUGCCCCAUCCACGUUGUCCCUUUUGGGCCCCACUUUCCCGGGCUUAAACAGCUGCUCCGCCAACCUUAAAGACAUCCUGAAUGAGGCCGGAACCAUGCAACUCCUUCAGCAGCAGCGGCAGCAGCAGCAGGAGGCGGCUUCCGAAAGCAGCGGCAGCAGCAGCGCUAGAGUGAGGGAGGCCGCUGGGGCUUCUACCGCCUCCAAGGACAGUUAUCUAGGGAGCACUUCGACCAUCUCAGACAGCGCCAAGGAACUAUGCAAGGCAGUGUCCGUGUCCAUGGGCUUGGGUGUGGAGGCCUUGGACCAUCUGAGUCCUGGAGAACACCUUCGGGGGGAUUGCAUGUACGCCCCACUCCUGGGAGGUCCACUCGCUGUCCGUACUACUCCUUGCACGCCACUGGCUGAAUGCAAAGGUUCUCUACUAGACGACGGCCCAGGACGUAAAGGCACUGAGGAGACUGCUGAAUAUUCCCCUUUCAAGGGAGGUUAUACCAAAGGGCUAGACGGCGAGAGCCUAUGCUGCUCUGGAAACGGUGAAGCAGGGGACACCGGGCCACUGGAUCUGCCACCCACCCUGCCUCUCUACAAGUCUGGAGCACUCGACGAGGUAGCAGCCUACCAGAGUCGCGAAUAUUACAACUUUCCACUGGCCCUGACAGGGCCAGCGCCUCCUCCGCCGCCCCAACAUUCCCACACCCGCAUCAAGCUAGAGAACCCGCUGGACUAUGGUAGCGCCUGGGUGGCUGCGGCAGCACAGUGCCGUUAUGGGGACCUGGGGAGCCUGCACAGCGGGGGUGCAGCGGGACACGGAGCCGGUUCACCCUCAACAGCCACAUCCUCUUCCUGGCACACUCUCUUCAGUGCCGAAGAAGACCAGUUGUAUGGACCGUGUGGCAGUGGCAGUGGCAGUGGCAGUGGCAGUGGCACAGGAGUGGAGGCGGGGACUGUAACCCCCUAUGGUUACACUCGGCCACCUCAGGGGCUGGCUGGUCAGGAAAGCGACUUUCCCCCACCUGAUGUGUGGUACCCCAGCGGCGUGGUAAGCAGAGUGCCCUACCCCAGCCCCAAUUGUGUCAAAAGCGAGAUGGGUCCCUGGAUGGAGAGCUACUCUGGACCUUACAGGGACAUGCGUUUGGAGACUGCCAGAGACCAUGCUCUGCCCAUCGACUAUUACUUUCCACCUCAGAAGACCUGCCUGAUCUGUGGGGAUGAAGCUUCUGGUUGUCACUAUGGAGCACUCACUUGUGGAAGCUGCAAAGUCUUCUUUAAGAGAGCUGCUGAAGGUAAACAGAAGUACCUGUGUGCCAGCAGAAAUGAUUGCACCAUCGAUAAAUUCAGAAGGAAAAAUUGUCCAUCUUGUCGUCUCCGGAAAUGCUUUGAAGCAGGGAUGACUCUGGGAGCCCGGAAGCUGAAGAAACUUGGUAACCUGAAACUACAGGAAGAAGGGGAGGCUUCCAGUGCCACCAGCCCCACUGAAGAGCCAACUCAGAAGCUGCCAGUGUCACAUAUUGAAGGCUAUGAGUGUCAGCCCAUCUUUCUGAAUGUCCUAGAAGCCAUUGAACCAGGCGUUGUGUGUGCUGGACAUGACAACAACCAGCCCGACUCCUUUGCAGCCCUGCUCUCUAGCCUCAAUGAAUUGGGCGAGAGACAGCUUGUACAUGUGGUCAAGUGGGCCAAGGCCUUGCCUGGUUUCCGCAACUUGCAUGUGGAUGACCAGAUGGCAAUCAUUCAGUAUUCGUGGAUGGGACUUAUGGUGUUUGCUAUGGGCUGGCGAUCCUUCACCAAUGUCAACUCCAGGAUGCUCUACUUCGCUCCCGAUCUGGUUUUCAAUGAGUACCGCAUGCACAAGUCCCGGAUGUACAGCCAGUGUGUCCGAAUGAGGCACCUCUCACAAGAGUUUGGAUGGCUCCAAAUCACCCCCCAGGAAUUCCUGUGCAUGAAGGCAUUACUGCUGUUCAGCAUUAUUCCUGUGGAUGGGCUGAAAAAUCAAAAAUUCUUUGAUGAACUUCGAAUGAACUACAUCAAGGAACUUGAUCGUAUCAUUGCAUGCAAGAGAAAAAAUCCCACAUCCUGCUCAAGGCGCUUCUACCAGCUCACCAAACUCCUGGACUCUGUGCAGCCUAUUGCACGAGAGCUGCAUCAGUUCACUUUUGACCUGCUAAUCAAGUCUCACAUGGUGAGCGUGGACUUUCCGGAAAUGAUGGCAGAGAUCAUCUCUGUUCAAGUUCCCAAGAUCCUUUCUGGGAAAGUCAAGCCCAUCUAUUUCCAUACACAGUGAAGCUUUGAAAGCCCCCAUUGCUACACCCACCCCACUCCCCUUUUCAAAUGUAUUCUGCCUGUUAUAAUUCUGCACUACUUCUCUGCAGUGCCUUGGGGAAUUUCCUCUAUUGAUGUAUACAGUCUGUCAUGAAGAUGGUCUUUAGUUC